AUGGGAAAUCUCGCUGUGACAUUCUUUGGUACAACAGCAAAUAUUGUUCUCAAAACCUAAUUUGGCUUAAGUAAUGAUGAAGAGCUAAUAAAGAUAAGCAGUUUAAUUUAUAUGAUGACAGUCAUAACUUUAGCUGUAGUAAGUCCUUUUGUUGGGGGUCUAUUGGAUGUUUUAGGGAGAAGGAAUUGGAUGACUAUUUUAUUUUUGACGACUGCAGUUCUUUGUGCAAUCCUUCCAUACUCGGCUAGAAUAUGGCUUGACUUUACUCUUAUUAGAAUUAUACUUCAUGUCGAAAAUAACUCAAUGAUAAACAAUACUUUAAUAGCAGACUAUGUAAAAAAUGAAAGUAUAGGUAAAGCAAUAAUAUAUAAUAAUUUUAUGAGGUACUUGGGUAACUUUAUGUCUCCAAUUCUAUUCUUAAAUCUUAUCGCUCAUACAUCUAUAAAGAUAAGCUACAAUAUCAUUGCUUUACUAAUGUUUCUAACUGGCAUAUUUCUAUUUUUUUCACUCAGAGAACCCUAAGAUCCAUAAUGUAUUAUAGGAUCUCUUAAGAAUAAAAAUUCUAUCACUAAUCAGAAGAAAUAAGAUAAAAUAUCAAUUUAUUGGAGUAAUAUCAGGAAAGGUUUCUAUGAAUGCAAGAAUAACUAGAUUUUAAUAUUCUGCAUAAUUCAAAACUUUGUAGUAAGAAUGGGAGUAGUGCUUGGCACAAACGGUUAUACUCUUUGGAUUUUAUCUAAUAUAAAAGAUGAGAAAUAAGCUUUUGAGUUAUUAGCUUUUUCACUUGCCCUCUCUUGUGGACUUAAUUUUUUGAUAUAAAUACCUUUGAUAAAGUUACUUGAUAAAAUACGACCAAGACUUUUGCUUUUAUUUGCUCAAUUAUUUAGAGCUAGCUCUCUUCUGAUGCCUCUUUUUAUUGAUGUUACGAAUCCAAGACAUUUAUCAGCUAAUAUUGUUCUAAUGUCUAUAGGAAAUGGAAUGGCAAAUAUUGCUCGAGAUAUAAUUUUCCAAAAAAACUAAGCAGCAUAAUCUAGAGGGGCAGUUCUAGGGUUUAUGGAUCUAUUUCAAAACAUAGGAAUAAUUUUUUACUUAUCAAUUUUUACAUUAUUUUUCAGGAUUAUUGGUCUUGAAGGAUGCUUUGCUGUUCUUGGAAUAUUUGAUUUGAUAUUAAUUGCGGUUUCAACUAAAUUCAAUGUAAAUAAGAGAUGA